AUGAAUAAAAGUAAUAACAGCAAUAGCGUAGUGAUUAAUGUAUCAUUAAUUAACACGUCCACGUUAGAAAGGGCACUUAGUAAUAGGGGCACCAGAAAACUAGGCACAAACACAUACGUACAAGUAGGAGGUGUGGGAAGUUGUAAAAUUGUGUACAUCGGGAAGGUUGUUUCUGUAUGGAAUUUCAUUCAUAAUGAGGAUUGUGCUAAUUUUGGAAAACAGAUUCUUAUAAUGCUAUAG